CGCCUUAUCCGUUCAGCGAAUUUAUUAACGUUAGAUAAUAUUUACCUUUAUAGGCAGCAAGUAGCAUGCGUGGCUAUUCGUGAAGAUAUUAAAAUGGGUGAAAAAAAUGUGGUUACAUUUGAGGAAGCAUUGGACAGAACUGGCUUCGGUCUAUAUAACUAUGUGCUCGUCGGUGCGAUCGGUCUGAUCACCAUCGCGUUUGUGACGGUAUCGUAUUCCACCACCAUCAUCGUACCAGCCAGUGCCUGUGAGCUGGAGACCACCGUCACACAGAGGGGGCUACUGGCUGCAGGACCGAUCGUUGGUUUAAUAAUCGGUGGGUCGCUAUGGGGAGUAUUAUCAGAUCUUUACGGGCGGCGACUCAUGAUGUUUAUAUCUCUGCUAGCUGCAGCGGCGGUCAACGCUUUAUGCAGUAUUUCUGUUCAUUGGGGCAUGCUGCUGGGCCUUCAGUUUAUUACCGCUUUAAUAGCGUCAGGCCAAUAUUCACAAGGGAUGACAAUGCUGAGCGAGAGUGUGCCUCUGGCGAAACGGAACAUCGUCGUACUUAUUGUUUCAAGCUUCUCCCUUUUGUCACAGGGGCUGAUGACGGCUCUCGCGAUACCAAUAAUACCCCUAAAAUUCUCGUACUAUCUUCCGAGCCUUAAUAUUUACUGGAACUCCUGGAGGACUCUCAUGGUUGUAUACUCUAUACCAAGCCUUAUUUCUGCCGCCUGGAUUUACGCAAUGGAGGAAAGUCCCAAGUUUGCAUAUGCAAGAGGAAACGAAGCGGAAUCAUUGAGGAUCUUAAGGAAAAUCCAUAGAAUAAAUAAUAGAGGAACCAAUAUGGAAUUUGAGGUCGAAGGAAUCUUGAAAGAAAACGUGGAAAAGCAAGCCACCAAUAUCAAGGAGCAGAUAUUACCGCUGUUCAAAACACCUCUUCUAAAGAACACCGUGAUAAUGACACUGCUUUUCUUAUUUCAACAAGUAGGGUCAUUUUUGAUAUGGCUGCCGACAAUCGCCAAUCAAUUUGUUCAAAUUGUACAGACAGGAGAAGGAACCAACCAAACAUUAUGUGGUGUGCUCAAUAAGAGUCUCAAUGAGGAACCCGACCCAGACGUGGACCCCUGCUCUCUUAACGUCACAGCAAUGGUUAUAGUAUUAGCUAUGGGAGCAUUGCAUUCGAUAUUCAAUCUUCUGAUCAGUGUUGUAAUUAAUCGCGUUGGCCGCCGCAAUAUGGUCAUUAUCGUUUCUUCUGUAUGUGGAAUUUGCGGGAUUCUAGUAAAUGUGGUUCCAAACGUGAUAGGAAGCGGGAUACUGUUUCUGAUAUAUCUCAUUGGAAUCGUAGUUACUGGACUGUACGCAGCUAUGGGGGUUGCAUUGUUUCCUACAUAUUUGAGGGUAUUCGCAGUAGCUCUCACAAUGACAGGCGGUCGGAUUGGAACAUUCGCUUCGGUGCAGAUCCUAAACUUUUUACUCGUUAACAACUGCGAAGUCGGAUUUUACACAUUUACAACAAUAUUUACGUCGUCAGCGAUACUCGCCGCUUUUCUGGUCGAUGAUCGUCGUCUCGUCAAAAACCUUGAAAAGGCAUCAAAAGAAACUAAUGAUCUCUAAUAACAUUUUAUUAUUAAUCAAAGCACUCUAUUUUGUCAUAGUAUCUUAAUUAAAUUGUGCCAAUAAAUAGCUUGUAUUUUUUUAAAUUAA